UGGUCACAUGAGUUCUGUCCCUGAAAGUGUGAUGUAAAGCACCCUGCUUCAGUUUAGCCUUCUAUAAUUACUUAAAUACCUUUGUGAACAGUGAAAUCUCAUUACCAUUGGUUGAACUUCCCUACUUCUACCAUCAUUGCAUCCAACCCCUCUUUCAUUAUUAUUAAUGUCCUUUGCAUCCUACAAAGGGUUCAAUGUUCUAAACCAUAAUCAUCAAUGAGAUUUUAAUUGGCAUCUUAGAGUUCCCUUUUAAGAUUCCAAGUUGAACUGAUUUUUUUUUCUUCCUUCUGGAAUACAACAUUCCUUUCUCAUGUUAACUUCUGCAAAUGGUCUUGUGAUCACUUUUAUAAACAAUAUUCUUCUUUGAAGUGCCUCUUACCUUUUGUGUUAACUUUGUGAGAACAAUUAUGGCUGUUUCCAUUCUCAUUCUAUUAUUUACUUGGUAUUAUUGAUUAUGAUCACACCACCAUCCAACGUAACCAACCUUAGGGGACCCUUCUUUUUCCCCUUGAGCUUGUGAUACUUAUCAUAUUUAAUUACCAAGUGUUUUAAUGGAAUUUUGCAACUAGUACAAAUCAACCCUUUAAUUAGUCUCAUGCGUUGUCUUUAUGUGUAUGCUUUAGUGAUUUUCUACAUUUCUCAGAUGUGAAUUAUUUUGGUUCCCUUUUAUACUCACUUAAUUACUUGUUCAUUGUCAUAAUUCCCAUGCAAGCUUUCUUGUGCUGUAUCAGUUUUCUAUAUUCCUCACACAGGUCCAGCUUCCCUACUCUUAUUUUGUGCUCUAUCAGUUUCAUCCUCAAUUACUUUCUUUCUCUCUUUCUUUCUUUUCCCUUUCAACUUUUCCAUCAUUAGUUUUAGUGUGAGGUUGAGUUGAUUUUAGUUUGUUCUUCUCAAUUUCAAUUAUUAUCUAGCUUUCAUUUUGUUAAAGUUGUUACUUGUGUUAGAGUUUUCAAAUCACUAGUGUGUUUUUUUAGCCUUUUCAAUCUUGUCAAUGCCUCCUACAUACUUUCCUCUUCGUUGGGAGAGCACUGGGGACCAGUGGUGGUAUGCAUCACCAAUUGAUUGGGCUGCUGCUAAUGGCCACUAUGAUUUGGUCCGUGAGCUGCUCAGAAUGGACAGUAAUCACCUUUUCAAGCUCACUUCCCUGCGCCGAAUUCGGCGCUUGGAAGUGGUGUGGGAUGAUGAAGAACAAUUCAAUGAUGUUGCGAAGUUUCGGAGCGAGGUGGCACAGAAACUGCUUCUUGAAUCUGAGUCCAAGAGAGGGAAGAACUCUCUAAUUCGUGCUGGAUACGGUGGAUGGCUAAUGUAUACCGCUGCCUCGGCCGGGGACUUAGGUUUUGUUCAAGUUCUUCUUGAGAGGAACUCUUUGCUGGUUUUUGGUGAGGGGGAGUAUGGUGUUACUGACAUACUCUAUGCUGCUGCAAGGAGCAAGAAUUGUGAGGUUUUUAGGCUGCUAUUUGAUUUUGCUGUUUCACCAAGGUUUUUGAGUGGCAAAGGUGGGAUGGUGGAGGAGCAUGUUGGGGACAUUCCUUCUGUUUACAGGUGGGAAAUGACCAAUAGGGCUGUUCAUGCUGCUGCUAGAGGUGGAAAUCUGAAGAUUUUGGAGGAGCUUCUUGCCAAUUGCUCUGAUGUUUUGGCUUAUAGAGAUGCUGAUGGGUCUACUGUUUUGCAUGCAGCUGCAGGCAGAGGGCAAGUUGAGGUAGUUAAAUACCUUACAUCAUCCUUUGACAUGAUCAACUCCACAGACCAUCAGGGUAACACUGCUUUGCAUGUGGCUGCUUCCAGGGGCCAAUUACCUACAGCUGAAGCUCUAGUCUCAGCAUUUCCCUCACUGAUCUCUCUGAGAAACAACUCUGGAGAAAUUUUUCUCCACAAGGCAGUGUCUGGUUUUAAAUCUCAUGCAUUCAGAAGAUUGGACAAGCAGGUUGAACUUUUGAGAAACAUGCUAAGUGGUAAGAACUUUCAUUUGGCAGACAUCAUCAAUGUCAAGAACAAUGAUGGAAGAACUGCUCUUCACAUGGCCAUCAUAGGCAACAUUCACACUGAUCUUGUGCAGCUCCUGAUGACUGCACCAUCAAUAAAUGUGAAUAUAUGUGAUGUUGAUGGCAUGACCCCACUAGAUUACCUUAGGCAACACCCCAAAUCUGCAUCAUCAGAUAUACUAAUUAAAAAAUUAAUCUCAGCUGGGGGAAUGUUUGGUUGUCAAGGCCAUAGUUCAAGAAAAGCCAUAGCAUCACACUUGAGAAUGCAAAGCAUUGGAAGCAGUCCUGGGACAUCAUUCAGAGUCUCAGACACUGAGAUAUUUUUGUACACUGGCAUUGAGAAUGUGUCAGAUGCUAGUGCUGCUGAUCAUGGAAGUGGGGGAAUGAGUUCAUCUUCAUCAGAACACAUUCCAUACGAUCCGAAUCCGACCGAGAAUCGCGUACCAAUCGCAACCAAAAGGCAUAGUACUGUCAACCAUGCAGCAGCAAGGUUGAAGAGAGUUCUUCUGUGGCCUAGAGUGAAGGACAGGAAAUCUGAAGGGUUCAAGAAGCCUUGUACAACAGAUGAGGGUUCAGUGGACUCAUGCAGGAAAUGGAAUAACAGCUUUGAUGAAACUCCAACACCACUUAGACAAAGAUUUUCUAGGCCAUCUUCACUUCCCAACAACAAAAGAACUCUUUCUGUCAGGAGUCACCAAUCAAGUCCAAAUGCCAAGAAGAGGUUUGCUUCAGGACUAGUGCAUGGAGUCAUGCAAUCAUUGCCACAUGCAAAGGUUUCUGGCAGAUCCAGGUCUAGUUCCUUUUCAAAGUCAUCAAUUUCUUCACCUAGAUCAAUAGACAAGCAAAAGGGAAUUUUCAUUGACAAUGACAUCGCCGGGCCGUCUUGUUCAAGUGAACAACAACUACCACCACCACCACCACCACAACCUGAUGAUGAUGAAUCACCAAAGUUGGUAAAGAGAACUUCUGUUGGAAGGAAGUUGAGGGGCCAUUAUUUCUGUUUUGGUGCACCUGGCCUUAAUGUCAAAAACUCAGUUCACAGGCAGCAAGAAAGCCAGAGUUACAAGGCUCAUGUUGUUGCAGUGGCUUAAUUGGAAUUGGAUGAGCUUACAUAGAUAAUUCUCCUGACCAGGCUAAUUCAACAAAAUAAGGGAAAAAAAGGUGAUUCAUCAACUUGAAACUUCCCUGUUAAGGAUCCCUAGGUGGUUCCAUAGUUGUAAGUUUUUUCUAGAUUAUAUUUUGUUACUUAAGGAUUAGCUCAUCCUCGACUGCACUUGUUAAUGGUAAAAUGCUAUGUUAAAAUAUGCUUCUUAUCAAUUGGCAUCAAAUUAGCUCAAUUUGGUGCCUAGUAAUGUAAGAAUUAGGUAUUGCCAAUGCACUCAAUAAACCUUUUGGAUUAUGCACUAUGCAGUCAUCUGCAUUUUUGUUAGAUGAUUGACUACUAAUUCCAUUUAUAA